CAAAACCCAGUUUGGCAAUUUUCAGAUGUCUGAAUAGCAUUUCUUAUAUUUCAAAAAAAUUUUUGUGAAAUUCAAGCCUUUGAAUUUCAGUCCUUAAAAAACUUAUUUUCCAGCUAACUAGAUUUCUUUGGGUGAGAUAACACAGUAAAGAAGGUAAAGAUACAGAAAGUAUCAAUGAAGAAAGAAAAUAAUAUAUGUGUUCUUGGAGCUACAUUUUAUUUGGAUUAUAAAUUUGUUGAUAAUCUAAGAAGCAUCUAGAAUGCAAAAGUGUGGUGGAGAAGGGCCCAAAAUGACCCAAACAAAUGUGAAAAAUUCAAUGGCUAGUCCAGGAAAGGAUAACUACAGAAUGAAAAGUUAUAAGAACAAAGCCUUAAAUCCUCAAGAGAUGAGACGGCGAAGAGAAGAAGAAGGAAUACAACUUCGAAAACAAAAAAGGGAAGAACAGUUGUUCAAACGCAGAAAUGUCUCUUUGCCCAGAAAUGAUGACUGUAUGCUGGAGAGUCCCAUCCAGGACCCAGACAUCAGUUCCACUGUGCCCAUUCCAGAGGAAGACGUGAUCACCGCAGAUAUGAUUCAGAUGGUUUUCUCUAGUAAUGCUGAACAGCAGCUGACAGCAACACAGAAAUUCCGAAAGCUGCUUUCUAAAGAACCCAAUCCACCAAUAGAUCAAGUUAUACAGAAACCAGGAGUUGUACAGAGAUUUGUGAAAUUUCUUGAAAGAAAUGAAAAUUGUACUUUACAAUUUGAAGCUGCCUGGGCAUUAACUAAUAUAGCCUCUGGAACUUUUCUGCAUACCAAGGUAGUGAUUGAAACUGGAGCUGUUCCAAUUUUUAUCAAACUUCUCACGUCGGAACAUGAAGAUGUGCAGGAACAGGCUGUUUGGGCACUUGGUAACAUUGCUGGUGACAAUGCAGAAUGCAGGGAUUUUGUUUUGAAUUGUGAGAUACUUCCACCUCUUUUAGAGUUAUUAACAAAUUCAAACAGACUUACAACCACCAGAAAUGCUGUGUGGGCCCUCUCAAAUUUAUGUAGAGGCAAAAACCCUCCUCCUAAUUUCAGUAAGGUUUCACCUUGCUUAAAUGUCUUAUCACGAUUGUUGUUUAGCAGUGAUCCAGAUGUGUUAGCAGAUGUGUGCUGGGCUCUUUCAUAUCUCUCUGAUGGACCCAAUGAUAAAAUUCAAGUAGUCAUUGAUUCUGGAGUCUGUCGAAGAUUGGUGGAACUUUUGAUGCACAAUGACUAUAAAGUUGUAUCACCUGCAUUAAGAGCAGUUGGUAAUAUUGUGACUGGUGAUGAUAUUCAAACACAGGUCAUUUUGAACUGUUCUGCAUUGCCCUGCCUCUUACAUUUGUUGGGUAGUCCAAAGGAGUCAAUUAGAAAGGAAGCCUGCUGGACCAUUUCUAACAUCACUGCAGGAAACAGAGCUCAGAUCCAGGCUGUCAUAGAUGCAAGUAUUUUCCCGGUUUUGAUUGAGGUUCUCCAGAAAGCAGAAUUUCGUACCAGAAAAGAAGCCGCAUGGGCCAUAACUAAUGCCACAUCAGGAGGCACUCCAGAGCAAAUCAGGUAUUUGGUAACCUUGGGCUGCAUUAAACCACUUUGUGACCUUUUGACUGUCAUGGACUCCAAAAUAGUUCAAGUGGCUUUGAAUGGACUUGAAAACAUUUUACGUCUUGGAGAACAAGAGUCUAAGCAGAGUGGAGUGGGUGUCAAUCCCUACUGUGCGCUCAUUGAAGAAGCAUAUGGCUUGGAUAAAAUUGAGUUUCUGCAAAGUCAUGAAAAUCAGGAAAUUUAUCAAAAAGCUUUUGAUCUGAUUGAACACUAUUUUGGUGUAGAAGAUGAUGAUCCCAGCAUUGUACCACAGGUGGAUGAAAACCAGCAACAGUUUGUAUUUCAGCAGCAGGAGGCACCAAUGGAAGGAUUUCACCUCUAACAGGUGGUCGUGGCAAUGACUGACUGAAAUGGCUGGCUUCUGAUAUCUCUUCCAUAUUACCAGUGUUGGUAGAAAUGUUUUUAUAUAAUACGGCAAAGAAAAAAAUGGGUGCACUUUUCAAAAGCAAAAAUGAAACGAAAGCUUUUAUUUGGAUGCACCCUUUCUUUAUAGAUUUCUGUUUGUUGUUUUGAUUGUUCAUUUCGAUGUAGCUGUGUUUGUCUUGUGUUGUUUGGAUUUUUAUAUCUCUUUGUGAAUAUACAUUAUGCAAUUAUUUCACUCAAGCUUGAAAAAGAGGGCUUGGUAUUAUAUAGCAGUUCUAAACUUUUCAAGUAUUCUUGAAAACUGCACAGCAGCAGUGUUGUGAACACUGAUCAUGGAAGUCUGGCAAUGUCCAGGCUUCGAAAUCUACCUCUGUCUGGAAGCAAACAUCAAAAUGAAAGGAAGCUUCAGGAGCAUGAAGUCAUAUAAGAGCUGAAUUAGAAUGUAAUAAUCUCUACUUUAGAUUAUAAAUCACUGUGCUGUAGGUUAUACUUCAAACGAUUGCAACAGAAAACUUGCAAAAUGUAUUUAUAAAAUAGAAGAAUUAGUGUACUGAUGGUUAAAAUGUGGCAGUUAUGAAGAGAGAAGCUGUUCAUUUGAUCACACUAUAUACCUAGAAAACACUUAAAUAUUUGUCUUGUUCACAUAAAAUACUAUUAUUCUAGUGUAUUUUAUAUAUUAUCCAGAUAUGCUAUCCUUUUAGAAAUAAUGUUUAUUUUCACUCCUCAUUUUAAAGAGGAUCAUGAUAGAGAGGUGAUCAUGAAUCUAAAGUAGCUUCAUACCUAAAACUAAUUAUUUUCUCUGAGUUUUCAGAAGAUCUUGAAGCAUUUUAUUCUCUGUAUAGCUGUGAACUUGAGUACUUAAAUGACAAAAGUUUCAUGAAGAAAUCACCUUGUCAUGUACUAAAUUUUGGUAAAUGCAUUUUAAUGUUUCUACUAAAUGAGUGAUACUAAUGAAAACUGCUAAGGAUUACUUAAUGUGUAGAAGUCCAUAUUAGGAAUAUUUCCUUUUGGUAAUACACAGCAGGUCAUACUGCUUUUUAUUAUGAACUAUAUGGUAGGUGACCUUUGUAUCAGAUUGGUCAGUCUAAUUUGUGUUUUAUGAGUUAAUAGCAAAAAGUCUCUUGAAAUAUGAAAGUCUAAAAGGUUUUGAUAGAAAAUUUAUAUUUAUUUACACAUGUAUGUGUUAUCCCCAUAGAACUGUGCUUGGUAGAAUUUUCUAAGCAGAUGUGUGAUUAUCAAAUUCAGUCUUUUGAUUUAUAGUUAUAUGUAGGUUAUGGAUAUAUCCAAUUACAUACUUAAGAAUACUUAUGUAAAACCUAAUUUAUAACUCUUUUAAGAUGGGAACUAAAACAAUUUUGAUAUGAUUCAAAGUCUAUUCUAUAAAGAAAGAUUUCAUUUAUGAUAGCAUUUGUAAUGUUUCUGCUGGAAAUCAGAGGCAUGUGACCUAAGGAAUGUGUAUAUAGGAGUACUUUUAAAUAGUAGGACACUUUGUAAACUGUAUAUCAUGAACCUAAGCUUGUGGCAAGACACUAAAAGCCUACAACCAUAAAAUGUAGGUUUAAAUGGUUUCCAUAGUGCUGAUUGUAUCUGUUGGUCCUUCUGUAAUAUUAAGUAGAGGAUUGUGUCUGCCCUUUUUAUUGUAAUGGAAGUUAAAGAGUUAAGUAUAAAAGGUUUCCCUUUUACAUAUGUACAUUCAAAGAAACAGGGUAGUGAUAGAAAGAUUACCAAGUUGGUGGGUGAAUUUAUCAAAUAAACACUGUCUUAUGGUGCCAAUGUUUCUAAGUAAAAGAUGACAGGGUAUUCGAUUCUUUGUAAUCAGUUAGUUGAACUUGUUGAUGCAGCAUACUUCAAACCUAGCCAGCUGUGCCUGCUUUGAGGACCCAGUAGUCACUAUAUCAAAUCUCUUAGUUCUUAUAGAAGAAAUUAUGUGUGUGUGUGUACAUAUACACAUACAUAUAUAUACAUUAUAUAUAUAAAAAUUAUUUGCAGACACAUAGAAUGAAUGACCUAUCAUAGGAGAUUUUAGAAAGUACCAGUGGGACAAAUGUUGUUUUUCUAAGCACAGAACUUGAUCAUAUUUUGAAUAUUUAAAUAUACAUUUAAUUUCUUGGAUCUGUAUCUUGUGUAAUUUGAUUAGAUUUGCAUGUGAAGGGCACUUGGUCCCACUUUAAGGUCUAGUUCUUUUUUGUUGAACCAAGAAUAAAGGAUAGCUUUGUAAGUGUGCCAUUUAAAAUGCCCCAAAAUUUAUUUUCAUCAUCAUAAUACUGUCCCUUGUGACACAACUUAAUUGGAUGCUGUUCUGAGAUUUAUGACACACACACAUGACAGAUACUGUGCCAAAAAAAAGUAAAAUGUGUUUUAGGGAAUGUAUUCGACAUUAAUGCAGAUACAAAGAAAAAUAGUUGAAAGAGUCUGUUUAAUUAAAUUGGCCCAUUUAAUUAAAUUUAAUUGAACUUGAAUUUCUACUGGUUGAACUAUGCAAUCAUGCUCACUUGUUUUAUAAACACUUGAUACACUGGCCUAGGUUCUUACUAUUUGUUUGUUUAGUUUUUGAAUGGUUAUUCUAACCUCAUUUUUAGUGUUCUUAGUUUUUAAUGUCAUUUGUCACUUACUGGUAACACUGAAACAGGGUAUUUUUUGUUUUGCUUUUUGUUUUUAAAGUAAAUCUCCUGGCACAGAAAUAGCUUCUCAUUUGGUUCCUGAAACCUGUUUGCAGCUAAAGAUUGACUCACUGGGUGAAGAACUAAAGAAUUUAUUACCUCUGCUUUUAUAGUUUUUCUUCUUUAUAAAGGAGUAUGAUGGAAAAAGUAAAUGUAAAAAUGUGUGGAUUUUUGUUAGUGUUCUAAAUUCAGUAACCUACUGGUUGCUUAUUGUGAUACUGUGAAAUAAAAUGAACUCGUAUUCAUUUCAGUACAUAGCACUGCUGUUGUCUGAAAUGUGACAUGCUGUUAGGAGCCAGUAUAGUAAGGCCCUAAAAGGCUGUUGUCUCCUGAUUGGAAAGUGAGAUGAGAUGAGGGAUUCUCACUUAACUAAACAAACAAACAAACAAACAUUUGAGCAUUAUGCAAUAUUAUGAAAUGUUACACUCUACUAAACACAAUAAAAUACUGUUUGGCAGUUACAUUUAU